AUGAGCACACGUCAAACGCGUACAGUGCGUACAUCAACCCACGAUGGAACCUCUGCCACCUCCUCAGCGAUCCCUUCGUCGUCAAAGCGCGGAACAUUGGCCGUAGACGGUGCAUCAACCGGCGCGUCGACGACCGCCCCGCGCAAGCUCGGCAGCCUCUGGGGCUCGUCGACCACCGCUCAAGCGAGGGCAAGUCCCGCACCCGGUGUCAACUCAACUCCUCGACCCUUGUGGAGCACCAGCCGUGCCAACGUCGUGGAUACUGGUUCGGCACCGAAUGCGACGCCGUCGUUGAAACCGAAACGAUCGGCCUUCAGUCUCGGCGCGCAUUCCAAGCCCCCUCCGGCCAAGUCGAGUACGGCUCAGUCGACCAUUUCGCAUGUUCCCGUUCAUCGUAGUAGUAUGGCACCCCCUACUACCUGCCGCCCUUCCAGCGCCCCCACGGGCCGACCCAGCGUCGUCGAAGAGCAGGCCGUCGAGGCUGCGGCGCAACCCCCACACGCGCCUUUGGCCGUCACCGAUUGCGAGAAGCGAGGAUUGGAGGGCUACGACCCGAAACGAGAACCCAUCAAGGUCAGUGUAGCAAAAUACUUUAGGCCUUACAUGCUCCCUAAUUCUCCUCCUGGUGCGUCGAUAGGCCUACCUUCGAGUGCGCCCCGCUCCGACCGGAGUCUCACAGUCGGCCAAUUACGUCCAAGUCGUCAGCGACAGCGAAGUGCUCAUGACGCCCCCUGCUGACCAUCGCCUCAACCCUUCGACGUCAAGUCUCUUCUCGGGUCCCCUUUUGCGCACCUCGGAAGAGGCCACCACUCCUGGCCUCGCCCCUCAGCAUGCUUCCGCGCCCCUCGGGUCCAUCUACAAGUUCACCAAAGUGUUUGCACCUUCCGACACGGUCUUAGAGACGUCUCAGGCCGACUUCUUCAAGGCCACGACCCUGCCGCUCGUUCAUGACUUUUUACACGGCGAGAACUGUCUGCUCUUCGCGUAUGGAACGACGGGCAGUGGCAAAACGUGGACGGUGCAGGGAGAAGAAGGAGACAAGGCCGGUAUCCUCCCUCGCGUUAUUGACGUCGUCUGGAGGAGCCUGGAGGGCAAGUCGAGUACCAGCAAUGUGAGUCGUGUCUUACAAAUGGUGAACUUAUUAAGGUGCACGAGCUCAUCUUCUCAUGCCCGAGCAGCUGCGACCUUCUCGCCUCGCGGGUGUCGAGAUGUCACUGGAGGCAGAUCGAAAGCACCCCAUGACCUGGACCCCUAGCAAAGGUCCGACCGGGCUAGGUGUCAAACCCGUACCAAGUUGUCUUGGUUCUUCGACUGCUUGGCCCGAGAUCGUCAACGUCGACGACAACUUUGAGUACUCGAUCUGGGUCUCGUACGCCGAGGUCUACCUCGAGAAGAUCUACGACCUGCUCGAAUCGCCCGUUGCGUCGCAAUCGGUAUCGACGUCUUCGACCGCCUCCGUGACGUCGAACAUGUUCCAAGCCGGUCUGGGUCUGUUCAGUGCCGGUGGUGCCAAGGCCAAAGCGAUGGUGAAAGGGUUCCAGACGGUGAAACGCAACGCGCUCAGCCUCAAACACGACAAGUCCGGUGGCAACAAGUACGUGCACGGCAUGCGCGAGGUACGAGUUCACAGUGCCGAAGAGGCUCGCGCCCUUCUCGAACGCGGUCAAGUCAAUCGACGCGUCUUUAGUACCCUCGCCAAUCGAGCUUCGUCGAGAUCCCACUCGGUCUUUACGAUCAAGAUUAUUAAGAUCCGAAAAGGCGCGAAUGUAGAUGACCCUGGUGCCGCGACGACGAGUCGAUUCAGCAUCGUUGACUUGGCGGGGAGUGAGCGCGUCAACAACACGCAAGCGUUUGGAGAACGACUCAAGGAGGCAGGGCAGAUCAACAAGUCGUUGAUGGUGCUGGGACAAUGUAUGGAGGUGUUGCGAAAGAAUCAAGAACGAGGCGAGGGUCGAAAGGUACGUUCUCUUCUCUUGAUCGACGACCACCGCGCUCGACGUCCACUCACCACCUCGACGAGUUAUUUUCAUAGCCCGCACUGGUUCCUUUCCGCCACAGCAAGCUGACCGAGCUGUUCCAAAGCUUCUUCAUUGGCGAUGGCAAAGCUGUGAGUGAAGCAGCCCCACAUAUCCCUGUCAUACUUCGACUGACCCUACAGGCCUUUUGCUGCAGGUGAUGAUUGUCAACGUCAACCCCUAUGAGACGAGCUUUGACGAAAACUCGCAUGUGAUGAAGUUCUCCGCCGUAGCCAAGGGCGUGAUGACGAUCAAGAACGACAAGCCCGUAGCCGUACCUUCAACAACGGUGGCAUCGACUCCACAGCAGAAAGAGCCCCGUAUUGUGCGCGUUUCGAUGUACGAAGGUGCGGAGGAGGAGGAUGUGAUCUACGAGGAAGAGGAAGAGGAAGCGGAAGAUGAGGAAGAGGACGAGUUUGUCAAUGCGCUGUUAGAUGAGCUGAGCACAUUGAGGAAAGCGGUGAGUCCGCGCUUACAAUUGUGCGGGACACUGCAGGAGCAAAUGUCUGACCCUACUUUGCCACUUUGUAGCUCUUCGAAUCGCAAAUGAACUCGAUGAUGGUCGAAUCCCAAGUUCGUGCCCGCGUCGUUCAAGAGUACGAAGCCAAGAUGAUCGAGAUGGAAAGAACCUACGAGGAACGCUUGCGCGAGGAGGCAGAAGAGGCCGAGACGAUGCUCAAUGCCAAGCUCGACAUCCUGACCCGACUCAACGCCGCUAGUGCUCGAGUGCCUACACCAGUCGAACAGCGGCAGAAUGAAGUCGGCACGCCUUCGACGACGUACGAUGACUCGGAUGAGGAUGAGAGCAUGGUCUCGGAGGAUAGUCGGAGUGCGGCGAAUACGGUCGAAAAAAUGCUGUUGAGUGGUCCGGGGUCAGGGCGUCGAACACCUGCGUCGCCCUCACCGUCGCCUUCGCCUUCUCCGCUUGCUGCUCGAUCGACGACGGUUGACAUUCCGUCGCCUCUAGGUCACUCGGUCGUGACUGCUACCUUGGACGCCGAAAGCGAUGAGGAGGGACGCGAGGAGGAAGAGGAAGAGGAUGAGGAUGAAGAGGACGAUGAAGAUGAAGACGAUGAGGACGAUGGGGAUGUCGAAGAAGACGACGCCUCAGAUGAAUAUGAGGAAGCUUCGUCAGAGUCGGAGGACGAAGACGAGAUUAUUCCCGUACCGCGCAGAUCCACCGGGCCCGCAUCCACGGGACGCACUUCCAUGGCACGCGCUUCACUCAACGCCAGUACACCCGCGAAAAUGCGAGCUCCGAUGGUCGAACGCUCGCAGCCUGUCUUGCCUGAUUUCGAAGAAGAGAUCGUCAUCGACGUGGCGACCAAGUCCGUGCUCAAGACACCAGCAAAGGAGCGCGUAAGCAGCAUCGCUUCAAUCAACUACACAGAACAGGACGAGAAUGACGAUGUUGUUCUCGGCUCGCCGAUGAAGUCCGUCAAGAAGAAGCGCAAUCUCGGUGGGAGUAGCUCGUCUCGGUUUAAGGACGUCGACGACCUCGAUGCGAUCGCCGACUCUCUGGCGCCCAAGACCCCUGUGGCGAAGACCUCGAUUGCGGCUAGCAUUCGAUCACUUAAACGCUAG